UGCUUUGCUUUUCGUUGUGCCACAAAGUCGUUGUUCGGACCCGAGAUGCUCAUUCUUAGCGGAGGAAUAUGGCGCCCAUCAAAUUUGUCAAUGUGAGAUUCUGAUGAACUCAUCGGUGGAAUGGAGUUCUUGAUGUGGAACUCUUUCUGGAAGGACUUACUCGAGCCAGAUACCGACUCUGAACUCGGCUCUAACUCCUUGGCUUGCUCGACUAUUUCCAAAUGGUUGCCAGUCUCAUUACUUUGACGCUUGUGGUCAUUGAACUGAGUGAAUUUGCCUCCAGCAUUAUUCCAAGUUUUUAUUUUGUGUCGCUUAAAUCGUUUGUGGACAUGUUCUGAGUUUCUCAUGCUGUGAGAGUCACUAAGAACAUCUUCGCACACUCUUCGGCUAGCUCUAAACAAAGCCUCAUGCUUCGACUCCUCGUUUGAAACAUGGUUGGCUGACAUGUCUAGUUUUUUGAUUAUCAAUGCAUUAUUGGUUUGUAAUCUCUUUUUGUUGCGAUUUCUGGUUUUUACUAACAAAUCGUUUGUAUUACAAGGAAUGAAACCUCAGUCUUCUCUUUUGGGUUCAAAUUUAUUUCCAAAUUCAAGCACAGUGCUGAGUUUAGAGCUGUUGUAGAUUCAACUCUUCACUUUAUUUAGGCUUCGAGACUGGAGCUUGGUUAUCUUCUUGAGGAGGCUUCUCUUUGCAUCAAGAGUAGUUAAAAAACGAUGAAAACAGAUCCAUU